CGAGAGAACGUAAAAAAAAUUAUUUUGAAACUUGUGGUGAAGUAGUUCAACUGCGACGAAGAGGGACAACCGGAGCAUAGGCGACCAUGGAAGCGGCUUAUCCUCACGUGGCCAUGCUACUGGUCCAGUUAAGCUACAGCGGAUCGAACAUCCUCAUGAAGGUCGCCUGCGAGAGAGGACUCAAUCAGUUCAUCUUUGUCGCAUACCGCCACAUGAUCGCCUCACUCCUCUUGUGCCCUUUUGCUUACGUGCUCGAAAGAAAGAUGUGGCCGGAGCUUUCUCUAAAGGUUGCCGCCAAAAUCUUCGCUGUCUCAUCGCUUGGGACAACUAUCCAUCUCAAUGUCUACUACACCGGCUUGGAGUACAUCUCACCGACAGUCGCUACCGCAUUGAGUAAUUUGAUCCCGUGCUUGACAUUUCUCAUCGCCGUCCUCCUUAGGUGGUUAAUGAUGGAGACAGUGACGCUGAAGACCCUAAGAGGCCGAGUGAAGGUCAUGGGGACGCUUAUAAGCAUUGGCGGGUCCUUCGUCUUCACCUUAUGGAAGGGGAAAUGCUUAGUAAAUGGCGAUGUGCACAGACCACUGAUAGACAUUUAUGGCUCCAAUGGUAAUGAAAGUGAGUUGAGGCACGUGAAGGAGAGUUGGCUCAAAGGUUCUGCCCUCAUCCUUUUGAGUAGCUUCACAUGGAGCCUAUGGCUUAUUUUCCAGGGAGUAGUGUACAAGGACUAUCCAGCUCAAUUAUCUCUCAACGCCUUGAUUUGCCUCUUCGCCACAUUUCAAUCUUCGAUCCUUGCCCUCUUCUUCGCGCGGGACCCGAGCCUGUGGAAGCUCGAGUGGAAUGUCCAGCUCUGGACUAUCAUCUACUGUGGAGUGGUAAUAGCGGCACUGGUGAACAAUCUACUAAUGUGGGGCAUCAGCCGCAAGGGACCGGUAUUUGCAGCAAUGUUCAAUCCGUUACAGGUCGUUAUCGUGGGAAUGUUCUCAGCCGUUGCUUUCGCUGAGAGAUUUCACCUGGGCAGCUUGAUAGGAACGUUCCUCAUUAUUUUCGGACUAUACUGCGUUCUGUGGGGAAAAUCCAAGGAGAAUGAAAUUGCAAACGAGCUAGGAAACGAGAAGGGCUCUCCUAACACAAAGAAGAUUGAGGUUUCGAUCGUUAAUAACUACCAAGAAGAUAGCGAGAAAUGUUCUGCAGGUAGCCAGGAUCAAAAUGGCGCUCUUGGAACUCAAUUUACGGUGAGAAGCUAAAGAGCAGUUUUCGAGUCAUGGAAACAGCCAUUUGUAUAUUAGCUGCCUGUCAACCUUUCGAUUUUCAUUUCUCAAGUAGACUGUAUCGAUGUCUGUUGCUGCAGAACACAAGCAAUACCGCUCAUCACCGCAUAAUCUCGAGAACGAGCUUUACAGUUUUCCAUUCUCUUUGUCUAACAGAAAAUGAUGGAAACAAAGUAAAAGCUCAUUUUCCAUA